AUGCACUCUUGUCGUGGCAUCUCCACAUCAACAGUAUGGCACAUCAUUCAUCGCGUUGUCCCUGCAAUACUAAGCUUGAAGCGGGAGUUCAUACGAUGGCCUGGCCAGCCUCUAAGUAUCGCCGCUAAAUUCAGAGACAUCGCAGACUUUCCGUGUGUCGCAGGAUGUGUUGAUGGAACUCACGUUCAAGUGAACCCACCUCCCAAUGAUGAAGACGCCUACGUCAACCGCCGUCGUUCCAAAUCUCUGAAUGUCGCCAUGGUAUCAGGCCCAGAUUACACAAUCUACUUCUGUAGCAGUCGAUACCCUGGAAGGUGGCAUGAUUCACGAGUGAUUAAAGAAAGCUCUCUGUGGAUCGCCUUUGAGCAACAGGGGAACAGACCAUUCCCAGGAACAGUUAUGUUAGGCGACUCUGCCUACGCCUGUAACAGUCGGUUGAUCCCUCCUUUCAGAGGAGACGUAGAAGGGGCUUGCCGAAGGUUUAAUGAGGCACAUAAGAAAACACGAUGCACUAUCGAGAGGGCAUUUGACAUUCUCAAGAAAAGAUUUUACGCUCUCCAGACGGGUAUGAGUGAAAAACAUGACAAGAGCGGCCGAGCUUGUCCAGUGUGCUGUUACAUUGUACAACCUCUGCAUUCUAUUUAG